AUGUUUUCAUCGCCGUCUUCUAUAUCCUUUCAUCGUCGUCAUCUAUAUCCUUUCGUCGUCUUCUUCUAUAUCCUUCGUCGUCUUCUAUAUGCUUUCAUCAUCAUUCUUCUAUGUCCUUUUUUCAUCGUCUUCUAUAUCCUUUCAUGGUCAUCUUCAAUAUCCUUUCAUCGUCGUCGUCGUCUUCUAUAUCCUUUCAUCACCGUCGUCGUGUUCUAUAUCAUUUCAUCAUCGUCUUGUACAUCCUUUCAUCGUCAUCUUGUAUAUCCUUUGAUCAUCGUCUUCUAUAUCCUUUCAUCGUCGACGUCGUCGUGUUCUAUAUGCUUUCAUCAUCGUCUUCUAUAUCCUUUCAUCGUCGUCGUCGUCGUGUUCUAUAUGCUUUCAUCAUCGUCUUCUAUAUCCUUUCAUCGUCGUCGUCUUCUAUAUCCUUUCAUCUUCGUCGUCGUCGUGUUCUAUAUGCUUUCAUCAUCGUCUUCUACAUCCUUUCGUCGUCGUCUUCUAUAUCCUAUCGUCGUCGUCGUCUUCUUCUCUAUCCUUUCGUCGUCGUCGUCGUCGUCGUCUUCUAUAUCCUUUCAUCGCUGUUUUCUAUAUUCUUUCGUCGUCUUCUUCUAUAUCCUUUCAUCGUCGUCGUCGUCUUCUAUAUCCUUUCAUUAUCGUCUUCUAUAUGCUUUCACCGGCGUCGUCGUCGUUUUCUAUAUCCUUUCAUCGUCAUUUUCUAUAUCCUUUCAUCGUCAUUUUCUAUAUCCUUUCAUCGUCGUCGUCUUCUAUAUCCUUUCUUCUAUAUCCUUUCUGAUUCGUUCAUCAUUCUUCAUCACAUUCUUCGUUUGCCAUCUAUCUACGUCUUCUUCUGUCAUUUUGCCUUCCACCCCUUUUCCUCUUCUUUGUUUCUUCCUGGCUGUCUUCUUCUGCUGUCGCUUAUCUUCUUAUUGUCUUCUGUCAUCAUCCUUCUUCUUUUGGUAUAACUCUUCACUUAACUUUCCUCAUCUUCACUUGUCAACUUCUUGUUCACCUCCUCUUUCUUGGUGGUGUUCAUCUUUCACCAUUCCUCUCCCAGUUUUAUCAUUGUUAUUCUUUUUUUUCUAUCAUCUUUCUCUUCUUUUUUGUUAUCUUUCUUUUAUCACUUUUCUUUUCUCUUUUGUCACCUUUAUUCUUUCAUCAAUUUUCUUUGUCUUUAUUUUUUUGUCAUCUUUAUUUUUUGACAUUUUCUUUCUCUUCAUUUUUACUUUCUUCGUGGUCGUCGUGUUCUAUAUGCUUUCAUCAUCGUCUUCUAUAUCCUUUCAUCGUCGUCGUCGUGUUCUUUAUGCUUUCAUCAUCGUCUUCUACAUCCUUUCAUCGUCGUCUUCUAUGUCCUUUCAUCGUCGUCUUCUAUGUCCUUUCAUCGUCGUAUCAUUAUUUUUUUUUUUACUUUUCCUCUUCAUUUCUCAUUUUCUUUCUCCCCCUCCUUUUCUUUUUGUUCUAUUUCCGCCGUUCCCCUUCUUCUUUUUUCAUGUUUCCUUUUCUUCUUGA